UCUCCUCCGCCCCGCCCUCGGCCUCUCCCUCGCCUCCCCUGCCCGAAGGUGGACGCCGCGGCCGGCUUGAGAGCCCGGCGGCGGCAGCAGCGCAGCGGCACCAUGGCAGCCUCCGAGCUUUACACGAAGUAUGCAAGGAUUUGGAUCCCUGAUCCAGAAGUAGUCUGGAAGUCAGCAGAACUCCUGAAAGAUUAUAAACCUGGAGACAAAAUCCUCCGUCUUCGACUUGAGGAUGGCAAGGAUCUUGAAUAUAGCCUUGAUCCUAAGGCCAAGGAGCUGCCACCUUUGCGAAAUCCAGAUAUACUUGUGGGUGAAAAUGACCUGACAGCACUAAGCUAUCUUCAUGAACCUGCUGUUCUUCACAACCUCAAAGUGCGGUUUAUAGACUCCAAACUCAUUUAUACAUAUUGUGGUAUAGUCUUAGUAGCCAUAAAUCCUUAUGAACAGCUGCCUAUUUAUGGUGAAGAUAUCAUCAAUGCAUACAGUGGCCAGAAUAUGGGGGAUAUGGACCCCCACAUCUUUGCUGUGGCUGAGGAGGCAUAUAAACAGAUGGCCAGAGAUGAACGAAACCAGUCAAUCAUUGUAAGUGGUGAAUCAGGAGCUGGAAAGACGGUUUCUGCUAAGUAUGCAAUGAGAUAUUUUGCCACUGUAAGUGGGUCUGCCAGUGAAGCAAACGUUGAAGAGAAAGUUUUGGCUUCCAAUCCCAUAAUGGAGUCGAUUGGGAAUGCCAAAACCACACGGAAUGACAACAGCAGUCGCUUUGGAAAGUACAUUGAAAUCGGUUUUGAUAAGAGAUAUCGAAUCAUUGGUGCUAAUAUGAGAACUUAUCUGCUGGAAAAAUCCAGAGUGGUCUUCCAGGCAGAAGAGGAGAGAAAUUACCAUAUCUUCUAUCAGCUCUGUGCUUCUGCAGCAUUACCUGAAUUUAAAACAUUGCGAUUAGGUAAUGCAAACUAUUUCCACUAUACAAAGCAAGGGGGCAGCCCGAUGAUUGAUGGGAUUGAUGAUGCAAAGGAGAUGGUGAACACACGACGGGCUUGCACACUGCUUGGUAUUGUUGAUUCCUGCCAGAUGGGAAUUUUUCAAAUCCUUGCUGCUAUUCUUCACUUAGGCAAUGUGGCAUUCACAUCACGGGAUGCUGACAGCUGUACAAUACCACCCAAACACGAACCCCUCAACAUCUUCUGUGAUCUCAUGGGAGUGGAGUAUGAACAGAUGGCUCACUGGCUUUGCCAUAGGAAGCUUGCUACUGCCACAGAGACAUACAUCAAGCCAAUUUCCAAACUGCAGGCCAUAAAUGCGAGGGAUGCUCUUGCCAAACAUAUCUAUGCUAAUCUGUUUAACUGGAUUGUAGAUCAUGUGAACAAAGCUCUACAUUCUACCAUGAAGCAGCAUUCUUUCAUUGGUGUCUUGGACAUCUAUGGGUUUGAAACAUUCGAGAUAAACAGCUUUGAACAGUUCUGUAUAAACUAUGCCAAUGAGAAACUGCAGCAACAGUUCAAUAUGCAUGUCUUUAAGCUGGAGCAAGAAGAAUACAUGAGGGAACAAAUUCCAUGGACAUUGAUUGAUUUCUAUGAUAAUCAGCCUUGUAUCAAUCUCAUAGAAGCAAAACUGGGCAUUUUGGAUUUGCUAGAUGAGGAAUGUAAGAUGCCUAAAGGUUCAGAUAAUAGUUGGGCCCAGAAAUUAUAUAAUACUCACUUGAAUAAAACUGCACUCUUUGAAAAGCCCCGUUUGUCAAAUAAAGCUUUUAUCAUCCAGCAUUUUGCAGAUAAGGUGGAGUAUCAAUGUGAAGGGUUUUUGGAAAAAAACAAAGACACUGUCUAUGAAGAACAAAUCAAGGUUCUAAAGUCAAGUAAGUUUAAGAUGCUGCCUGAGCUGUUUCAGGAUGAGAAGGCCAUCAGCCCCAUGUCAGCAACACCCUCUGGUCGCAUACCAUUGUCUAGGGUAGUUGUAAAACCAUCCAAGUCUAAGAUGGCCCAAACAAGCAAGGAGCAUAAGAAAACAGUGGGGCAUCAGUUUAGAAAUUCUUUGCAGCUUCUGAUGGAAACUCUUAAUGCUACCACUCCACAUUAUGUGCGGUGUAUCAAACCGAAUGACUUCAAGUUUCCAUUCAUGUUUGAUGAAAAGCGGACUGUGCAGCAGCUCAGAGCUUGUGGUGUGCUGGAAACGAUCCGAAUAAGUGCAGCUGGAUUCCCCUCAAGGUGGACAUAUCAAGAAUUCUUCAGCCGCUACCGUGUCCUUAUGAAGCAGAAAGAUGUCCUCGGUGACAGGAAGCAGACAUGUAAAAAUGUCUUGGAGAAGCUGAUUCUGGACAAAGAUAAGUACCAGUUUGGGAAGACAAAAAUAUUUUUCCGGGCUGGCCAGGUAGCUUAUUUGGAAAAAAUAAGAGCUGAUAAACUGCGAGCAGCUUGCAUCCGCAUCCAGAAGACCAUCAGGGGGUGGCUGAUGCGGAAGAAGUACCUGCGCAUGAGGAAGGCAGCCAUCACCAUUCAAAGAUAUGUCCGAGGGUACCAGGCACGAUGCCUUGCCACCUUUCUUAGAAGAACCAGAGCUGCCAUCAUUAUUCAGAAAUUCCAGCGCAUGUAUGCGAUUCGCAAGCGAUAUCGUUGCAAACGAGCAGCCACCAUUGUUCUCCAGUCGUAUUUACGAGGUUACAUUUCCAGGGGAAAGUACCAAAAGAUGCUUCGGGAGCACAAGGCCACUGUUAUACAGAAACGUGUGCGUGGCUGGCUGGCUCGCUUGCGCUACCACAGGACUUUGGAGGCCAUUGUCUACCUGCAGUGCUGCUAUCGGCGCAUGAUGGCAAAGAGGGAGCUAAAGAAGCUGAAGAUAGAAGCACGCUCUGUGGAACACUACAAGAAACUCAAUGUUGGCAUGGAGAACAAGAUCAUGCAACUCCAGCGUAAACUUGAUGAGCAGAACAAGGACUCCAAAUCCUUACUUGAGAAACUAACUACGCUGGAGGCAGCUUAUAUUUCGGAGGCAGAGAAGCUGAGAAAUGGCACCGAAAGACUCCGAAUGAGUGAAGAAGAAGCCAAGAAUGCCACCAACCGUGUCCUUAGCCUACAGGAGGAGAUUGGCAAACUCCGCAAGGAACUGCAGCAAACACAAUCGGAGAAGAAGACCAUAGAGGAGAAAGCAGAUAUAUACAAGCAAGAAACAGACCAGUUGGUGCUGGAGUUAAAAGAGCAGAACACCCUACUUAAAACAGAAAAGGAUGACCUAAACCGCCGCAUCCAGGAUCAGGCCAAAGAGAUAACAGACGUCAUGGAGAAAAGGCUCAUUGAAGAGACAAAACAGUUGGACCUAGAUUUGAACAAUGAAAGGCAGAGGUAUCAGAAUCUGCUCCAAGAAUUCAGCCGGUUAGAGGAGCGAUAUGAUGACCUCAAGGAUGAAAUGAAGUUGAUGAUGAACAUCUCCAAGCCUGGACACAAGAGAACAGAUUCCACACAUAGUAGCAAUGAAUCGGAAUAUACGUAUAGCUCUGAGAUCACAGAGGCCGAAGAGUUUCCUAUGAGAAUGGAGGAGCCAGCUGAGAAAAGGGCACCUCUGGACAUGUCUCUAUUCCUCAAGCUACAAAAACGGGUCACAGAGUUGGAGCAGGAAAAACAGUCCUUGCAGGACGAGCUGGACAGGAAGGAGGAACAAGCUCUCCGAACCAAGGCCAAGGAGGAAGAAAGGCCUCAGAUGAGAGGUGCAGAACUGGAAUAUGAAUCACUUAAGCGCCAAGAGCUUGAGUCGGAGAAUAAAAAACUGAAGAACGAGUUGAACGAGUUGAGGAAGGCCCUCGUGGAAAAGAACCCUCCAGGUGUCACUGUUCCUGGUGCCCCAGCAUACAGGGUCCUCUUGGAUCAGAUGACUUCCGUUAGUGAGGAGCUGGAGGUACGCAAGGAAGAAGUUCUCAUCCUGAGGUCUCAGCUGAUGAGCCAGAAGGAGGCGAUUCCGACUAAGAACACCAUGACAGAUUCCACAAUUCUGUUGGAGGAUGUACAGAAGAUGAAAGAUAAAGGAGAGAUAGCCCAGGCAUAUAUUGGUCUGAAGGAGACAAACAGAUCAUCUCUUCAAGACUAUCAUACCCUGAAUGAGGACGGAGAGCUGUGGCUGGUAUAUGAAGGGCUAAAACAAGCCAACAGGCUCCUGGAAUCUCAGCUGCAGACCCAGAAGAGGAGCCAUGACAAUGAGCUGGAGGCCCUCCGUGGAGAGAUCCAGAGUCUGAAGGAGGAGAACAACCGGCAACAGCAGCUCUUAGCACAGAACCUCCAGCUGCCUCCAGAAGCCCGGAUCGAAGCCAGUUUACAGCAUGAGAUCACUCGCCUGACUAAUGAAAACUUGUAUUAUGAGGAGUUAUAUGCAGAUGAUCCCAUGAAGUAUCAAUCGUACCGGAUUUCACUUUACAAACGGAUGAUUGAUUUAAUGGAGCAGCUUGAAAAACAGGACAAGACUGUUCGCAAACUGAAAAAGCAGCUGAAAGUCUUUGCCAAAAAGAUUGAUGAACUCGAAGUGGGCCAGAUGGAGAACAUUUCACCUGGACAAAUAAUUGAUGAGCCAAUCCAUCCUGUUAAUAUCCCAAGGAAAGAAAAGGACUUCCAGGGAAUGUUAGAAUAUAAGAAAGAGGAUGAGCCAAAACUAGUCAAGAAUCUUAUUUUGGACUUGAAACCACGUGGUGUGGCAGUCAAUCUCAUUCCAGGACUGCCAGCAUACAUAUUGUUCAUGUGUGUCCGCCAUGCCGACUACCUUAAUGACGAUCAGAAAGUGAGGUCCUUGCUAACUUCCACUAUUAAUGGCAUCAAAAAAAUUCUGAAGAAAAAAGGGGAUGACUUUGAAACUGUGUCCUUCUGGCUAUCUAACACCUGCCGCUUUUUGCACUGCUUGAAGCAGUAUAGUGGUGAAGAGGGAUUUAUGAAACACAACACCCCUCGGCAGAAUGAACAUUGUCUCACCAAUUUUGACCUUGCUGAAUAUAGACAAGUACUGAGUGACUUGGCUAUUCAGAUUUACCAGCAGCUUGUCAGAGUCUUGGAGAACAUUCUGCAACCAAUGAUUGUUUCAGGGAUGCUGGAGCAUGAAACUAUCCAAGGCGUAUCAGGAGUGAAACCACCUGGCCUCCGAAAGAGAACCUCAAGCAUUGCUGAUGAAGGGACGUACACACUGGACUCUAUCAUCCGACAGCUCAGUACCUUCCACUCAAUCAUGUGUCAGCAUGGAAUGGAUCCAGAGUUGGCCAAGCAGGUGGUGAAGCAGAUGUUCUACAUAAUUGGGGCUGUGACCCUCAAUAACCUCCUCCUGCGAAAAGACAUGUGCUCAUGGAGCAAAGGGAUGCAGAUAAGGUACAAUGUAAGUCAACUUGAAGAAUGGCUCCGUGACAAAAAUCUGAUGAAUAGCGGGGCUAAGGAAACUCUGGAACCUCUCAUCCAGGCAGCACAGUUGUUGCAGGUGAAAAAGAAAACCGAUGAAGAUGCAGAGGCCAUUUGUUCCAUGUGCAAUGCCUUAACUACUGCGCAGAUUGUGAAAGUUUUGAACUUGUAUACUCCAGUUAAUGAAUUUGAAGAGAGAGUGACUGUGUCCUUUAUCCGUACAAUACAGAUGCGUAUGAGAGACAGGAAAGACUCUCCUCAACUGCUGAUGGAUGCUAAGCAUAUUUUCCCCGUUACUUUUCCAUUUAACCCAUCAUCUCUUGCAUUAGAAACCAUCCAGAUUCCUGCAAGUUUGGGUCUAGGAUUCAUUACUCGUGUCUGAACCAAGUAUAGAGUUUGCUGUAGAUCAUGAGUUGCUGCCUGUAAACUAGAACAAAGAAAAUGAAGACACUUGGAAAGCCAUUAGUGGGAGGUGGGGAGAGGGCUGGAGAAAAUACUGUAGAUGCCCUUGAGUGUAUUGCAAAUAGUUGGAAAGCUGCACAAUUUACUUACAGCUGGAAGGUUAGUGGAAAUAUAUACAUUUGUAUAAACUUGACAUUCUCAUGCUGAGGCCUAUGUAAAGUUUUCAGAGUUGCACCUUUUUUUCAUUCUAGACCAAAUUCUUUUUCAUUUCUGUUGAUCACUGGCUGCCUCAUGUUUGAAUUUGGAACUGGAGGCAGUCCGUGACAAAUAAGCAGAAGACACUUUUUUGUGUUUUGCUUUGCUCUAAACUCAAAGCUGGACUAUGAUUGCUUCUAUGAUUGCUGGGCAAGAGGAAGCUGCUAUUAUACUUGGGGCCACUACAGAGGAGUGUUCCUAAUGUAGCAAGGCUGAGGGUAACAUCACGCAUCCCGGAUUUAGAGUGUACACCAUUUGGAUUGAAGUAGAUCCCUGUUGCAUGUACACAUGAUGGAAUAGACAUGUAUAGCUGCAUGUAAUAUGAUGGCAUCCGUGUACACUCUCAAUCCAUAACAUGCUUGUUUCUCAUUCUGAUAGAGAACCUAUAGCAUUUUAGCUCUUUACUACACAUUUAAAUUGUGCAAGUUGUAAUUGCAGGGACCAGAGAGGACAGCGUUCAAUGUAAGGUGUGAUUUUAGUUAAGUAUGUAAACAUUUAGGGGUAUCUUCUGUAUGUUAGAGACUAGAAAGUCUAAAGCAAACUGGCACUGAAGGAUACAAUCUAUUGGGUAUUUGACCUCACCAGCUCAAUUAAAAUGAACAGGAGCUACAUAAGAGUUCAGUCACACUCCUGGGCAACUUCCAUUUGCUUCAGUGGGGCUUGCACAGAAGAUGUUCAUAAUAGACUGUGCCCCAGGAAAGAAUGAACAGCUUCCCAGUUUAUGUCACUGUGACAUAAAUGAUGAAGUACUAAAAAUUAUGUUGGCUCACUACUGUAUAUGGUACAACUUUGCUGUUCAUUAGUUAGUACUGUUUCAAAACAUAUCAAAGUGCUGCUGUGUGCUGUGUUCUUUUUAAAUGUACAGUGAUAAACCUAGGUAAGAGACAUAUUAAAAACAACAACACCUAACAGUCCAGUCUUUUAGCAGGAUUUAUGCAAGUGUCAAGGAAUAUCACCAUGAAUGGGAAAUGGUAACUAAGCACAAAAUAACAUACUGAAGCUGCAUAAUAAUUAUAUUUAAAGUAUGCUUACCUGAGUAUUCAAGAUCUUGAGUUCAAAGAACAAAACCCAGUCAUAUUAUAUUUUAGUAUUUAUUUAUCAUUUUGAUGUUAGCAUUUCAUUUUUAAAAAAUGUUGCCAGUGGUAACAGCAGGUGUGUGAUGGGUUUUAGGGUUUUGUUUUGGUUACAUUUGAGAUAUAAUCUCAAAUGCCUAGCUGAAGGAGAAAUUCACCCCUAAUCCCCUUAAUACCAUAAAACAUAUUAUUGAAAAUGUAAAGCAAACCCUGGUUUGAAUGUACUUAUAUCUGGCUUCUGAAUCUAUGGGAAUAUUUCACUGGACACAAGGAUACUCUUGAUGAUUUUUGCCAAGAUCUCCUACAUUCUGUAUAACUUGUCAGGAUUUGCCUCAAUGUGAAACUGACACUUGAAAUUGUCUGUCAAGCCUUGCUCAAUGUUUUCUGGACCUGAUUUUUUUUUUUUAAGUAUGGUCAGUGAUACAUAGCAGAAAGUACAUAAUUCAACAUUGCCAUGUGCAAUAUUUUAGUGUAUUAUAAAAAUUGUCAUGUAUAUUUAUUUUAAAACCUAUAUGCCGUAAAGACAUAUCAUUAAAAUGUCCUGGUACUAGAUAUAAUUUCUCUGCAAACCCUUAAAACAGUGCUGCUUUUACUUAUGAAGAGCAGUUCAUCCCAGGCAAGUUUUAUAUGAAAUAGGGGUGCAACUUGUAUAUGGUUGCUGAUUAAGUAAAUAAACUGAGCUUCAAUUUUGUUGGUACUGUUCUUAAAAGUUGUGGAGUUUUUUCUUAUUUAGUUUGAUGUUUGUUAGCAGAGAGGUGAAUGCCUUUUUAUGGAUAGUUGUUUUAAGAAACAUUAAGAUACCUACACUCAAGCAUUAUUUCAAUCUGUUUUCUUAUUUAUAGUAAAUUAAAAAGUUUUUCUUUAAAAAAGGUUUUUCUAAAAUUCAUUUCUGUCUAUCACCAACUCUGCAACAUGACCCGAAGAAAGCAUGCUGCUUUUAGAAUUUAAGAUAUUUUUGGGGUUGUUUUUUUUAAAGGCAUCUUCUGUGGCUAUGGCCAGUUAGAGCUCCUUUUUGCCAAGAUAUUUUGGGCAAAUAUGGGAGACAUCGAAGCAGAACCCUGCUACACUUGAGGAAGCCCUGAACGAUCACAGUCUCAGACAAUCAUGACUUCUCUCAUUAUGAUGAUGUAUACUAACAUCUCAAAAUUUUCACAGGAUUCCUAGUAUAUCAUGUGAAAGCUGCGAUAUCAAGUAAUAAAACUGGAAAUUAGAACCCAAACUAAAACAGAAUCAUAAUCCUCUUCCAUUGACCACAAUUAUGUAACUGGAAUACUGCCCUUACCUUACUUAAUCUUAGAAGAAUUUUAUCUCAAACAUAACUACUCUAGAAAUUGUAAAUGUAGAUAAAUUUAAAUAUGUUUUUUUUUAUUUUUUCAAGUUUACCUGUAAAAAGCCUUAUUGUACAUUGUUUACUUCAAAAAGUAGUAGACAUUAUCCUUCUAUUUAAUAGUCUAACUAACGUUGCUUUGUCACAUUAAAACUGAAUGCUGUUCAACAUGUUUAAAAGGAAAAUAUUUCUAAGUUUAGUAUUUUGCAAUUCAUCAAUAUUUUACAUAACAGUAUUUUUCAUGCACUUUUCACAGCUCUAGAAUUUUUGUGUUGCUGCACAAUAUAAAAUGUUCAGUUUAGUUUUAUAGGAUUAGAGCCUUUAAACUGAAGACAAACUCAUUUGCUUUCCUCCAUUUUUCUUUAAAGCAUGGCUCUGCUCUUAUAAUGUGGAAAUAUCUUCAUUUUUUGUUUUGUUCAUUUGAUAUGGAAGAGUCUCUCCAGUACUGGAAAUAUACUACUUAUAAGAGCCCUUUUGAAAUGUACAGACCUGAAGUAUUGCACAGAUAUUACCUCAUUAGAUUCCAGGGUGUGCGUGUUUUUCCUUCCAGUUAUUAAUCUGUUUACUUCUGCAACCUAAUCUUCUGUUUGGAUUUUAGCAAAAUGCAUCUUAAGCUUCAGGCUGGGAUGAAAAAUCAAAUCAAAUGAAUGAAAUUGAACAAUGUCUAAAAAUUCUGCUUUAGUAAAUAUUAGUUGAUUGAGUAUACAAUCCUGUCCACACUUUAAAAACCCUAACAAAGUCAGCGGAGCAUAUCUGCAUGUAGCUGUGUACAGGAUUGCACCCAGCCUUCACAAAGAAAACUAUACUUAAACACAUUUGCCUUGAUCCAGAGAUCCUGUUUCAGUUGUCUUCCAUCCUACAGAAUCCCAUCGUGCACAUUAAAAAUAGAAUCUUAUGUGGAUUGCUGGAGUACAUCUGUGCAUCUGUUGUGAUUUGGAUCUAGUCUAGUGCAUGUGAAAGAAGUCACAAUAGCAAUGGAUUGCAGAUAUGCAGUAUUCUCCAGAUGGAAUGUAGUCUGCAUCUGUAGGGUGGAUUAUGGCACUGCUUUUUGUUCCUGCACACAGCAUGUUUUUAAUGAAGGAUCAUCUCUGGCUUGGGGCUAAUGUGUGGACAAAUUCCCUUGAUUUCAAUAAAGCUUAUUUCUCAGUCUGCUUGGGAUAGUAGCCUUUUGUCUAAGUUUUGUUCCAUAUUUCAAAACCGCCAGCACCUGAAAGCUGAAGUCUCUCAUUUAGGAUUUAACACCAGAUACAUUUCCCUAUACCACAUAAUAAUUAUUUGAAAAUUACUAUUUUUAAACUUGUAAUUCUUCUUGAAAUAAUCCUUUGAUGAUAGGUUUUCACUAGAUAUUGCCACAGUGCUUAGAUUGAAACCAAAAUGUUAUCAGGAUGACAUAAGCUCUGAACUGUCAUAGUGUCUGACAUUGUACUUUGUAAAUGUAUGCUUCAUUAACACCGUAUUCUUAGCUCUCAUUGAAAUGUCCAAAUAAAAAUACAACUGUAAAGCC